AUGAAAACUAUCGACCGAGUGGUCCGUAACAAGAUUCUGCCUCGAGCGGAGAAUCUAGCAGCCCUUCUCCGUCUCCCCGAGGGCGAGAUAUUUCGCUCGUUGACGGUCAGAGGAAUUAUUGAAGAGGACGACGUUAUCCCGUUCGUCUUCAACAAUCUCAAUACACAUCACACGCAAAGCUUCGGUCGCUCCUUGAGCUCUUUGGAAACAGUGGCCAUAAACCACCCAGCCUCACCAUCAGUAUUCAGCUGGCUCUUCGAAUCGCUCACAUUGUGCGAGAAUAUCCUGUUCUAUUUAACGAACAAUACGACAGAUGCAGCAGAGAUUCUUCAGGAUUCAAUCCUUGCCGGCUUUUCCUUUGCACGUCCCAGCGCACCGAGCGAUAUCUCGGAGCAGCCUUCCGCCGACCACAAACAAGACACCCCGACACCCGGCAGCGCCCUCGAGUGGCGGGCGCUUCGCUACCUCGUUGAAGACGUCAAUGUUGGCGUCGGCGAUGUUCCGCUGAGCCGGUUGGUGCGGUUCCAGCCAUUUUUACUGCGCGUGCGCGGCAAGGGCGGGACGUCAAAAUAA